AGGGCUCGGCGGUGGCACUCAGCCGCACGUCAUGGUGGACUACUACGAAGCACUGGGGGUGAGCCGCAAUGCCACCGCUGAGGACAUCAAGAAGGCGUACAGGAAGGCCGCGCUGAAAUGGCACCCGGAUAAAAACCCAGACAACAAGGAGUAUGCCGAGCAGAGAUUCAAGGAGAUCGCUGAGGCGUACGAAGUGUUGUCGGACAAGCAGAAGCGCGAUGUCUAUGACCGUUAUGGCAAGGAUGGGCUCAUGGGGGCAGCAGGACCGGGGGGCUCCAGGGCUGAUGCCGGGGCACCUGAAUUCACCUUCACCUUCCGCAGCGCUCACGACGUCUUUCGGGAGUUCUUUGGCGGGCGAGACCCCUUCGCCGAAUUCUUUGACGAGAUGCUGCCCUUCUCCGAGCUGCGAGGACCUGGUCUGCGGCACCACGGGGGAAGCCACUUCUUUUCCGCCUUCCCAGGAUCCUCAGAUUUCUUCGCCUCGUCCUUCAGCUCCGGGGCUGACGCAGGGCUGGGCUUCCGCUCCGUCUCCACCUCCACCACCUUCGUUAACGGCAGGCGCAUCACCACCAAGCGGAUUAUUGAGAACGGGCGGGAGCGGGUGGAAGUGGAGGAGGACGGGGAGCUGAAGUCAAUCCACAUUGAUGGCGUCCCCGAUGACAUGGCACUGGGGCUGGAGCUGAGCCGGCGGGAGCAGCAAGCCUUCCCCAGCCCGCGGCCCCCCUCGCCCCCGCCGCCCACCCCGCACCAGCCCCCGAGCUCCUCGCCCGUCUGCCUCUACACAGACAGCGAGGACGAGGACGAGGACUUGCAGCUGGCCAUGGCCUACAGCCUCUCCGAGAUGGAGGCCGCGGGGCACCACCGAGCAGGUGUGUUCUGAGGCCACUGCACCCGGGGACCGCGCACACCCGCUCGCCCGUGGAGCCUCUCCCAGCCAGGACUCUGCUUUGUCCCUGCACGGCCACCCCCUGCCACCCCCUUCCCCAGCACCCUCUGGCUCCGUAGGAUGCGGUGGGGGGGCGGGGGGCUGGGGAGCAUGACAGGGCUUAUG